AUGGCCUUCACACUUAGGGAAUUCAGAAAAGUGGCCAAUGACCGCAGCUUUAAGGAAGAGCACAAUCUCCGACGCCGUUUCCUUAAAUAUUCCCUGGAUCACGACUCCUGCAAUAUGAUCUUCUAUGGACCUGCAGUUCCACCCAAGACUGGCUUGAUUGCCUUCUCACCAUCUGCUUGGCGUGACUCUGGUCCAAUUGGUGACGUUUUUCGUGUAACUGGCACAGGCAGUAUUUUAGAGACAUCUGCGCAUUGUGAUGUGGUAAAGAAACUGAAGCUGGUGGGGGAACCUUAUCGUGUAUUUAGAAAAACGGUAUUCAUCCGUGGCAUGUUCACAAGCGCUCUUGAGGUCAGCCGUAUGAUCGGGGCGAAAAUUGAGACCGUCUCUAAAAUCCGAGGUAUCAUUAAGGCGGCUCUGGUGAAUUCGGCGGAUGGCGCAAAGCCAGGAGACUUUCGUGCCACCUUUGAGGCCCCCAUUUGUAAGGCGGACCUCGUCUUCCUUCGUUCCUUUGUGAUGGUCGAAUUACCUCCCUAUUAUAAUCCAAUAUCCAAUCUUCUUUUUCCUAAGGAUUCAGAAGCCAUCACUUGUCAUCCUAACAAGCCUGAAACGAGUGAUAACCAAACAAAUGAAAGUACUCAGAAAGGUUGGAGAAUGAUGCGUACUUUAGGUGAAAUGCGGCGAUCUAUGGACCUUAAAAAACCAGUGAAAAAAGAUUCGUUUUAUACGCCCAUUGAACGACAACCCUACAUCUCGGCCCCUCUUCGCUUCUCGACUUCUUUCGUGAGCUCAUUGCCUUUUAAAGAAAAACCACGGGCGCCGCGCUCGGCUGGCCGCGUUGAUCCCAUUGCUCGUUUGCGGGCGCCGCUUCUGGUACCGCCCUCUGUAGAUCGUAGUGCUAGUGUAAAACAUCGUCGCCAACAGCGCUCUGCUUCAGAUUAUGUACAGCACCCGAGUGAUGAUCAAGAGUCGAAACUUGUCAGUUCGAGAACAGCUCUUUCUAGGUUGCGUGCUCUUCACGCUUCCUGGCUAGCGAAAAAGCGCAGAGACACAACGGUCCGGGUCUCCCGGUUUAAGGCCAAGUUGGAUGCUGAUGCCCAUUCACGUGAGCAGGCGGCCAAGGCCAAACGAAAGGCCUUCUUCGCUUCUGGCCGCGGUAAAGGCAAAAGAAAGUCAUGA